CAAAUCAAUUGACAUAUGUGACACAAACAAAACCAAUGAAUUUUGUAAGCGUCAGAAGAGCUCCAAUAAAUGAGUCAUUUGUAAGAUUUGUUAAAAAUUAAUUGUGAAAAACAACAAUAAACAGUUCAAAACAUCAAGUAUAAAUAAAAACAAACAUGGGACUUUUCGGCAAAACUCAUACCAAAGAUCCCAAAGAACAGGUUCAAGAAUGGACACAUAAAAUCCGUAAGGAGAGUAACCAACUGGAUCGCCAAAUACGCAGCAUUCAACGCGAGGAGGAAAAAGUAAAGCGUUCUUUAAAACAGGCAGCAACUAAAAAUGAUCGUGACACUUGCGUCAUCCUUGCGAAAGAGAUAGUACGUGCGCGAAAAGCGAUAAAUCGUAUUUACACAUCAAAAGCACACCUCAAUUCCAUACAACUGCAAAUGAAAAAUCAAUUAGCUACAUUACGUGUGGCUGGUUCAUUGCAAAAGUCUACUGAAGUAAUGCAAGCUAUGCAAAACCUAGUGCGAUAUCCAGAGUUGGCUGGCAUUAUGCGUGACAUGUCAAAGGAAAUGAUGAAGGCGGGCAUAAUCGAAGAGAUGCUUGACGAAACUAUGGAUUCGUUAGAAGAGUCUGAAGAGAUGGAGGAGGAGGCCGCUAAAGAAGUAGAUAAGGUGUUGUGGGAAAUUACGGAUGGCAAACUUGGUGAAGCGCCGUUACCGCCCGAAGGCAUUGCUGCGGAAAAACAAGAAGUUCCCGCUGCUGCAGUUACUUUAUCCGAGGAUGAGGCCGGUGAAGAAGAGGAGGAUUUGCAGGAAAUGCAAAAUCGUUUAGCAUCGUUACGAUCAUAAACGCCUGAAGUGCGUUGAUCUCAUACACAUACAUACAUAUAUGAAAACCAACAGCAGCAAAUCUGUGCGAAACGUUUUAAUGGUUUAUAGAAAGCCAGCUGCAAAAAAUCCAGUUCACUUAUGUAUUUCAAAUACAUUUAAUUUAAACAAAAUUCACGUAAACAAAAUGUUUAAGGCGGAAAUUAUACGAAAUGAUAGCAACGUACGGCAAAAAUGCAAGUUUACUUCUAAUUUGCAAAAGCUGAUAUAAGCAUUUCACACGUCUGAUACAAAAUUUUUUAUAGACAAAUAUUUUGCACACCAAGUGUACUUUCACUGUAACUUCAGUUGAUAUUUAACAGUAAAGGCUAACUUAAAAUAUUAAGUAUUCGAUUUAAUUGUAUGCGUAAAUAUUUAUGAAAUCAAAUAUAUACACUAAAGAAAUACUAACGUUUUUGUAAGUGAAGAUGUUAUGAGUUUUCAAAGUUUUCAUAGGAAAGACAAAACUUAUUACAUAUUUAAAA